AGUUACUUUACAUCAGAGUUUGUCAGCCUCGUGGAAUACUGCAAAAGUGAAGGGGCAGAUGUGGCAGGACUUGUGGAAAAGUUACAUCAAGAAAAUGUUCUGCCAAGAUUUCAUCCAAGAGAUUUGUCAUUUUGAGAGCACCGACUUGCCCAAAGGACGGCCCAACACCAUGAACAACUAUGGGGUUUUACUGAAUGAAUUGGGCUUCAAUGCCCAAUUCGUGACGCCUUUGGUCCAGGACUAUGUGACACCAGUGACCAGACUUCUGUACCCAGAGUGUGGGGGCACUUCCCUGGAUUCCCACAAGGCCUUUGUUGUCAAGUACAAAGUGGGCGAGGAUCUGUCCCUGGCCUAUCACUACGACAAUGCAGAGGUGACUCUCAACGUGUCGCUGGGCAAAGAGUUCACUGAGGGGUCAUUGUACUUUGGAAACAUGAGAUGGGUACCUCUGCACGAGACAGCCUGCUCAGAGUACAUGCACAAACCGACCUUUGCCCUUCUGCACAGAGGUCAACACAUGCACGGUGCCCUGCCAAUCAGCAGCGGUGAACGCUACAACCUAAUCAUAUGGAUGCGGUCAUCACAAGUGAGGAACAAGCGCUGUCCGAUGUGCGAUCAGAGACCGGAACUGGUAGAGACAGUAGGGUUCGGAGAUGGGUUCACACAAGAGAAGGAAACCGUCAACGUGUGUGCUACUCUGUGAUAUCACCUGGGUUUUGAGACAAGAUCUCGUACAUCUGCCUCGUGAUCUGCACUGGGUGUGAUCCAAGUGGACGACCACUGAAGAUCAAUUUCAAAAAUUGGAGCAAAUUCUAUGUUCGUACUUUUAUGCGAAACUGUUAACUGUUACAUUUUAGGAAGAACCUAAUUCAACUGUACACUCAUUGCUUGAGAAAACUUCUACUCUGAAAGACAAAUUUUCAGUUUUGUUACACUCAGACAAAAUAGGCCGUCCAUUUUUAAUCUAAAGAACUGAAUAUCCCACAAAUGUCCAACACGUACAGCUACCACAUCACAAGCCUAUAUUUUAUUACUUUUUCAUGACUCCAUGUAAUUAACUAAUAAUUGCAAUUAAUUAUCAAAAACAUGAACAGGUGUAUUUUGGGUAGUGAAAGUUAUUUUCCUGUAGAAGCUGUAGAAGAACCUGUUGAAUCUUUGUUGAACAUUAAUCUGGCAUCAGAACACCUAUGUGGUUAACAAAGACAAAGGACUGGCUUUGCCACAAGUCAUUUGAUUAGCUGUUGAGUCCACUGGAGGAUGGCUAGUGAACAACCGUGCGAGGACUUGUGAAGAUUUCAUCAUAACUCGUGAUAACAACAAGGAGCAGAGCCUCGUGCAUGUUACAGCCAAAGAUAUCUUUCCUGGUGUUUUUCAGACAUUUCAGGUUAUUUGUGUAAAGGUUUUGCAGCAGUCCUCCUAAUAUUAGCUUCACUACAAAACUAAAACUGUAACAAGACCACAUAAGUAAAAUAAAGACAGGGUUUUAAAUGAAUUGUAUCAAGAA